AUGGACGGACGGCACCCGACGCAACCCGGGACGGGGAGCGAGCGCCCGGGCUGGCGGCAGCACCGCCAGCAGCCAACGGGGCCGCGUCGGUGGCGGCGGGGCAGGACCGAGCGCCCCCCGCUCCGCCCGCCCGCGAGCCGCCGCUGUCGCCACGGCGACGCGGGCGCCGCGUCGCGUUGCUCCGCAGAAACCUUUUCCCCGUGCGCAAUUCCCGGGGUUAGGGGCGCGUGGCGCCCCGUCAGGCAGUCACUGCGCAGACCUGGGCUGGAGCUGGCUGGGGAUUGGUACUACCACGUGCCACUGAAGCAGCCAGAGAAACCGGUGAACUCAGAAAUCCCACUUCCUCCAACAUCCCAGAUUCCAGGUCUGAGUGAUCUUGCAGAACCUCAUGAUGAAAAGAUGUUUGGGGGCCGCAGGAAAUGGAUCAAAGAUACUGAUUCAGAAUAUGUAAAGCUGGCAAAGCAAGGAGGCCGACCUGACUUACUGAAGCACCACAUUCCUGCUACAAGCAAGUCAUCUCCAGUAGCAUAUGCUGCCCCUGACUGGUACUCACACUGCUCUACUUCCUCAACAACCGAUGAGCCACAGAACCAUGUUUCUACUAUACCGGAUUUUAUGAUUCAUAAAGAGUUUAAGGCUAGUGAUCAUCAUAGUACUAACUAUGAGACAAGAAGAGCACCAUUUGAUUUCGAUAUGAAAAGUGUUUGGCAACGGGAUGCUGAAGAUAAAGAGAACACAGGAAAAAAAAAGGUAAAGUUUCCAGCUAUAAACCCUAAAUAUCAAAGCAAAAUUCAGAAUGUUCCUACAAACAAGGAGUUCAGUGGGAAAAAUAAGCUUACCUUUCCACCCAUGCCUGCUCAGAGAAAUGGUGAAGCAGUAAACUUCAGCAAAUUAAUUAGCAAUGGUUAUGGAGCUGACUGGAUUCAGCAGCACAUUGAAAGAGAAAAAAAGGUUCAACAAACAUCAGAAAAUAGUGAGGAAUUGAGAGAUCCUCUUUCUCCAGAUUCAGAACCAUCACUGCCUGAAACAGCAUCUGCAAGUAACGAGUGAAUGCCAUAGCUUCAGGAAUACUCCAGACUAUUGGGAAAAGUAAAGCAUUAUAGGGCUUAUAAUGAAGUCCACUUUUUAUAUGCUAGAUUACGUUUAUCUGAUAAGAUUACAUUUCUAGUUAAACUGCUUCCUUAUUGAGUGCUUUAUCUCUGAACUUCACUGUGCUUCGUUACAGCACGUUGUAAAGCGUAGGCAACAGCUGUCAGCAUGAACCCUUACACCUUUGCUUAAUAGGGUUUCAAGGAGCAAAACUGAAAUUCUCUCUAAUAUAAGACUAGUGCUCCUUUGCUGUUGUCACAUAGGAUUACCCUGUUGCUGCUGAUCUGUACUAUACGUGAGUAAUGUAUCAGUAUAGUUGAAGAAAAGCUUGCUGGUUUGGUUAUGAUUGUACUCAUCAUUUGUCUCAUAAAGAAAGGGGAAGUGGAGCUGUAUGGGUCUAACUGAUAGAAACAAACUGAUAAAGCUACCUUGGGUAGAAAAGCAAAUCCUUCACUGGAAAGGUAGCCUCUUAGUCCCCAAAGCAGAUUUACACCAGAUACUCAGCUUUCUUGCAUGAUUCUUUUCACUACACCUGCUGCAUAAACACUGGACAUAGUGUUCGGAAUUAAUGUAUAACAAUUAUUUUGAUAUUCUGAAAGUUAGA